GUUCGGCUCGAUAUGUUUGCUUUUGGAAGUUUAUAAUGGCUAGAAAUUAGAGACUCGGAGCGUUUAUUAUUAAUACAGUUAAAUUUGAUUGAUUGAUACAUUGACAAACGAGGAAAGGAUUAUUUAUUUGAAUCAAAAAGUGGUACAUAUGUAUUUAGUGGACAAUUACGUUCGUACAAAUAACGCUUUUAUGAAUAAUUCUACAUACUUCUACAAUCGUCAAACGGUAAAAAUUGAAUCCUUUUAUACCGCUAUUUACAUUUCUUUUUGUAGACCUGAAACGAAUGUCGGAUAUUUGUUUUCCUCCCUUCCUCCAGCCUGUUACACACCUCAAUUCGACGUCGGUACGUUAACUUCAACAAUUUUUUUCCUACCUGUCACAUUGUCGAAAGCAAACAAAAGGCCAUUACUGUAAGUUUUCACGUAUUUGCGUUGAUACGAAUCAGUCAGGUGCACGUUGAAUGUAUUUGUUUUUGUUUCUACGUACGUAUAACGACGUUUACCGGGCGAAAACGUACGUGUUUUGAUUCCUUUCGAAAAACAUGUUGAUAGUCAUUCGCAGGCCUCCUGUCGGAAAGUUGCGCAACUCUAUCGUGUCGGCUCCAUUCCGUUGGGAACCGGGUUUAUUCCAAUACUAUUAUCGCCAUUUAGAUCAAUAGAAACCCCGUCUUAAUUACCAAAUUACCGCCUUCGAAAUCCACUCGGAAACUUCUUGAUUGUCUCGUAAAUCCGGCAAUGAUCGUGGAGGAUUUGUACGUUUCUACUCCGACGUUCGAGGCCAUUCAACCUCUGCUCAUUACAUCCAGAUUAUUCGGCUUGUUUCCCAUCAGCUACAAGAAAAACGGCACCAACUACCGCUUGAAAUGGUCUUUGGUGUACGCCGUAUACAGCUACAGCCUUUGCGUUGGAUUGGCUUUGUGGACGAUGAUCGGUAUGAGUUUAGACUUGAAAAACGAUCCUGAGCAUUCCCUGAGGAUGACCGACGAGAAAACGAGAUUCGUGACCGGAGGGGACGUGAGCAUAGUGGUGAUUAUCGUAAUAUUCGCGACGGCGACGUUGCAUUUGAAGAUCAAGAAAUUCUGGAAGUUGAUGAUAACGUUGAAUCAAGCUGAUAGCAUAAUCCCUUUGAGAAAUUCCAAGCGUUACAGGGACGCUUCUAUACUGUUCAUAGCUGUGGUGGUGGUUACAUUAUCGUUGAUCCUGACGUUUGAUAUAUCCUCUUGGUUCGUGAAGUUGCAUGCGAGAGGCCUGAAUCCGCUUGAUUAUCUCCAAUACUACUUCGCUUUUUACCUAAAUUACAGCAUAAUGAUAAUGAUGGAGGUGUUCUAUUGGCACGUGAUUUAUCUGAUUAAAAUUAGAAUAUCCCUACUCAACGGAGAUUUGCGCAAGGUGAAGGAAAAAAUCAAUUUCAAGGAAGGGAAUUAUUUCUUCGAGAAAAUUGUCGGUAAAGUGUAUUUGGAUAGAUUUUCAAGGAGUUCCAGUAGACAAACAGCUUGCCUUUCCAGCACGGGUACUAUUAUUAAAAAUGAAGAGAAUAGUGAAUUGGGUAAAAGACUUAUAAUGUUAUCUAUCCUUCAUGAUAAAAUUUUCGAGGCAGUGACUAUAGUGAAUAAUUCUAUUGAAUUUUGCAUACACGUGGUAAUGUUAAGUUGUCUUCUUCAUUUAAUAGUAACGCCUUACUUCUUAUUAAAAGGCAUUAUAAAGGAAAACAGUGGCACUUACUACGUGCUUCUGCAGUCAGCCUGGCUGAUAGGCCAUAUAGGAAGAGUCCUUAUUAUCGUUGAACCUUGUCAGUACUGCAUCAAUGAGUACAAAAAAACUUCGAACCUCAUAUGCGAACUUCUUACCUACGAAGUGGAUAAUGAAGUGAAGAAAGCUAUGACGAUUUUAUCGCUGCAAUUGAGCUACUGCAAAUUGCGAUUUUCCUCUUGCGGUUUUUUUAAAAUCAACAGGUCUUUAUUAACUUCGAUUGCCGGAGCUGUGACUACUUAUUUGGUGAUUCUAUUUCAAUUUAGCGACACGUAGGUGAAGGUACAGUUAUUCGAAAACAGCAUAGAGUACUACUAUUUUCGAAAUACCACUUGAAAGAUUGCAGAAAUAGACUUGCACUAAUAAUUUAGGCAAAUAAGAAUUGUAUAGCUCAAAAAGAAACUAGUAUCUACAUUUGCGAAUGAACAAGAUUUUUGUAAAUUGAAUGAGAAUAUAAACUAUAUGUGAAGGUA